CCCGUCGCCUCGUCCCACCGGAGCUCGGCGGGCGGCUGGAGUUGAAUGAGAACAACCGAGGGGCCCGCCUUGCAGCAAUCUGUCCAAUCCCAACGCGCCUUUGAUGCGCAGGUCGGCUUCUUAUUGGCUCGAACUAAAUCCUGCCUUCGCCGUCCCUGGUGGAGCGCCUCCCGUCGCGGCGCGGCUGGUCGUCUCUUAGUUGGGCUUCAGGUUGUGAGCAGUGGCGGAGGCUGACCUGCGCCCCGGUCGCCUCCUCCGUCGCGGCGAUGUCUGAGGGCGAAACCAAGCAAGUAUCGGGCAAUAUCGGCUCCGACCACAAACCCGAGGCCGCGUCUGCGGGAUCCGGUAUGACCUCCCUUUCGCCGCCGCUAGCGACGGCCACCCAAGAGGAGGAGGAAGAGGAAGAAGAAGAGGACGAGUCCGAAGACGAGUCCGAAAUCUUGGAGGAAUCACCUUGCGGGCGUUGGCAGAAGAGGCGGGAAGAGGUUAAUCAACGCAAUGUUCCUGGAAUUGAUAGUGCCUAUUUGGCAAUGGAUACAGAAGAAGGUGUGGAGGUGGUUUGGAAUGAAGUCCAGUUCUCUGAACGCAAGAAUUUUAAGCUUCAAGAGGAAAAAGUCAAAGCUGUCUUUGACAACCUGAUCCAGUUGGAGCAUCUGAAUAUUGUGAAAUUCCAUAAAUACUGGGCAGAUGUGAAAGAAAAUAAAGCCAGGGUUAUCUUCAUUACGGAAUACAUGUCCUCUGGUAGCCUGAAGCAAUUUUUGAAGAAAACAAAGAAGAACCACAAGACCAUGAAUGAAAAGGCCUGGAAGCGUUGGUGCACCCAAAUCCUUUCUGCUCUCAGUUACCUUCACUCCUGUGAUCCUCCCAUCAUUCAUGGAAACUUGACUUGUGAUACCAUCUUCAUCCAGCACAACGGACUUAUUAAGAUUGGAUCAGUCUUUCAUAGGAUUUUUGCUAAUGUUGCCCCGGAUACCAUCAACAAUCAUGUGAAGACAUGUCGUGAGGAACAGAAGAACCUGCAUUUCUUCGCUCCAGAGUAUGGCGAAGUUGCACAUGUCACUACAGCAGUAGACAUCUACUCCUUUGGAAUGUGUGCAUUAGAGAUGGCAGUGCUAGAGAUCCAGGGAAAUGGCGAAUCUUCCUAUGUGCCACAAGAAGCUAUUAAUAAUGCAAUCCAAUUGCUAGAGGAUCCAUUACAACGAGAGUUUAUUCAGAAGUGCCUGGAGCCACAACCUAGCAAACGGCCCACAGCUCGUGAGCUUCUCUUCCAUCAGGCUUUGUUUGAAGUACCUUCUCUGAAACUUUUGGCAGCCCAUUGCAUUGUGGGCCAUCAGCACAUGAUUCCUGAGAAUGCACUUGAAGAAAUGACCAAGAACUUGGACAUGAGUGCUGUACUGGCUGAAAUCAACCAUGCUGACCGCGAUGGUGUCCGUAUGAUAUUCUCACAGUCCCCAGCGCUGGAACUAGACAAAUUCUUGGAAGAUGUGAGAAAUGGAAUUUAUCCACUUACUGCCUUUGGCCUGCCCAGACCUCAGCAGCCACAGCAGGAGGUGGUGAAAUCUCCCAUUGCCCCCCCAUCAGUAAAGACUCCAACACCAGAGCCAGCAGAAGUGGAGACUCGCAAAGUGAGUAGCUGGUCGCUAAUCCGCAGCUCCUUGGCCGAUAAUAGCAAAGCUUCACCUUAUCACACUCCUUUGUCAUUCCAGGUGCUUUUGAUGCAGUGCAACAUUGAAUCAGUGGAGGAGGGUGUGAAGCACCAUUUGACACUGCUGCUGAAACUGGAAGACAAAUUGAAUCGGCACUUGAGCUGUGACCUACUGCCCAGUGACAAUAUUCAGGAACUGGCAGCUGAAUUGGUUCAGUUAGGAUUCAUCAGUGAGGCUGAUCAAAGCCGGCUUAGCUGUUUACUUGAAGAGGCAUUCAACAAGUUCUUCUACUCACGGAAUGGAGCACUGGCAGCUGUCACUGUAUCAUCAUAAUGGCUAUUUUGCUGCUAGCAGGUGUACCUGCUCUGCAUCUGUGUAGGGUACUACUCUAAGCCGCUGCCACCACCGUUGCCAGCUUGGAUGUGCCUCCCGCAUGUGUUAUAGCCAGGUCCUGCAGACAAUCGUUGCCAGUCUUAAAGGCAGGGGGGGCAAGGUGGGGGGGAGGGCUGUGUGCCUUGUCAGUAUUAUUUUCCCUGUGGCCAAUGGCCUUCCUUCCCUCUCCCUCUUUUUGGGCUCACAUGCAUGGAGUUUUCUUUUGCUUGAAUUGUACAGAGGUUUUCUUUUGCACAGCACAGAUGUCUGUCUUGUUAUUUAAAAGGGUGGGGGGGGGGAUAGAGAAGUUAAGUUCUACCCCAUCCCAUGCUGGCCCUCCACAUUACACAUGCACUCUCUAGCCCCACAGUCAUUGCCUUAUCCCCCUCCAGAUGGACUCUCCUCCUCUCCACAGUUGCUACAUGCACCAGCCUUGCUUCCAGUAUCCUUGGCUGCAUCUAUUGUGUGGUGUGAGGGUUCACUCUGGUCAAUAGAGGAAGUAGAUAGGAAGUUCCAGUUCAGAUAGCAGGUGGCAAUGUUAAACCAUCUUUUCCUUUAGGAUAUUAUCUAAUGCCUGCAGGCUUGGAGCCAGUUUAUCAGUUUAUCAGAGAAAUUCAACCCUUCCUGUGCUGGUGCUGUUCCAAGUGUCAUUUCUGUUCCUAUUUUUAAUAAAUUGUUUUGUAAAUAAUU